AUGACGUGCAAGGCCUACUUUGUAUCCGGGAAUCUAGCGGACGUCAUGUACUCGAAGUAUGGAGACGAUAUGGUUAGAUGUAGCACUCAAAUGGCAUACGACUUGAGAAAGAUACGAGUUGAGACUGAUAAAUUCUACAAGAGCGAUGAUGGACGUGCAUAUUCCCGACGCUUCACCGUGCACGGGAUAUCAUCACUACCAGCCGAUCGUUUGAUGAUUGAGGAGUUGAACCAGUCCGUGGCUGAAUAUUUCAAGCAGCACCAUCAUAUCACUCUGAAGUAUCCAGAACUGCCCUGUGUGAAGGUUGAUCAAAAGCGUGAAGUGUAUAUGCCGAUGGAACUGUUAAACAUUUUGCCAUAUCAAGCUCCUAAUGCGAGUAAAGCCGAUAUUGCGAGUGAAGUUAUCCGUUGUGCAGCAAUUCGACCACAGGAGCGCUUCAGAGAGCUGGAGAAUUUUGCUAAUAAUAUGCUGAAGUCCCACCCACUGAUCAAACAAUUUGGUUUGGCGAUUCAACCGAGGCCAGUGGAAGUUAACGCACGUGUUAUCCAACCGCCAACUGCUGGCUUUGGUCGUUCCGGUGUACAACAGCUGACGGCAGGUAGUUGGAGCACGCCUGGCUUUCUUCACCCUGCCGGCGAAGGAGUAGAAAUAAUGUGGGCUGUACUUAGCAUUCCGCCUAAUCAGCGGUCUCAUGGUCAUGUACAGAAGGUGAUAUCGGAAUUGCCUAGAGCGGCCAGUCGCUUUGGUGUUCGGUUUAGCCCUCGACCGAUUGUGGCACAGUGUCCGAGAGGAGAACUUAACAGGAGGUUCGAGGAGUUUUCCAGACAAGGCUGUGGCUUCUUACUUCUCAUCCUGUACGAUGAACAUUUCUACUCAUCGAUUAAACGUCUGAGUGACCUGCAAAUGGGGAUUCGGACUCAAUGUGUACGAGCUCGUACUCUGGACAAACCGAACGUUUUCCCGAACCUGUUACUCAAACUGAAUGGGAAACUCGGCGGUGUGAACUGGCGAAUUCCUGACCUUAUUAAGGACAGUCAAGAGUUGGUUAUGGUUUUUGGAGCCGAUGUCACUCAUCCUGCGCCUACACAAACUCAUCAAAUUCGAAAGUCAGUAGCUGCUGUUAUUGGUAGUGUUUCACCCGAUCUUAUGAGGUACGGGGUAGUUAUCCGUCAGCAGGCAACCACAGAAAAGGGGAAUAAGGCAGCCAGAGAAAUAAUCGAUGAUAUGCGUCUCAGUGUCAAGGAGCUACUCCAGCUUUACCUGCGUAACACGAACGGGCGUUUCCCGACGCGCAUGAUAUUCUAUCGCGAUGGAGUUUCGGAGGGCCAGUUCGAAAAUGUGUUGGUGGAAGAGCUGUGUGCAAUUCAACGAGCUUGUGCAGAUGUCCGUCCUGGCGAGGAGCCAGCUAUCACUUAUAUUGUUGUGCAAAAGCGUCACCAUAUUCGAUUUAGACCAUCUGACCCCAGGUAAGGUAUUUGCUCAUGAUGUUUCCUGUGUACGUACUACACUUUAUUCGUGUCUUAACGGUCUGUUUGAAUGCUUUGUUAGGGCAAGAAACGUGGAGCCAGGACGGUGGUUGAUACAGAUAUCACGCAUCCCAGGGAAUUUGAUUUCUACCUCUGCUCUCAGGAAGGGAUUCAGGGUACAUCGAAACCUGCUCACUAUCACGUGUUGUAUGAUGAUAGUAACUGGACAUCGAAUGCUCUUCAGAUGUUCACCUACCACUUAUGCUACGCGUACAUGAGGUGUUCCCGUAGCGUCUCGUAUCCAGCGCCGACUUAUUAUUCUCAUUUGGCUGCAUUUCGGGCACGUGAGUGGUUAUCGGACAUAGAGAAACCAGAGAUUCUGUUAGAUGCUGGUCGUUUCAGAGUUCACAGCAGUCAAGUUGACGGCAUGUUUUACUUAUAAACAGAUUUUGUUAUUUUCAUAUAAAUUGUAUUUCCUUUUGAAUCCAUCUUCCCUUUUAAUAAUAAUAAUAGUAUAAUGAUAAUGAUUUACUUCAUUCCAAAAGCAGUACUUGUGAUACAGAAUGGGAUUUUCAGCAUUAAUCACAAUAUUUC